AUUACACAUAUUUCGUUAGAAUGUAUUCUUUGUGGUUCUAUAAAAGUCAUUGCAUAAUCUACUGUUGAUCUAUUGAAAUUAAUGUGAGGUUAUGUCAUAAAGAUAAAUUAGUGAAAUAUUUGCCUUAUUUAAUAAUAAAUGUCAACUAAACUUUCCGUAUCCAAAAAUGGCAUAUAAUUUCAAAUCAGAAAGUGAAGUAAAAGAAUAUAUUAACAAUUUAGGCAUAGAAUACAGGUUUGGUUGUUACAGCGAAAAAAAACCAGAAGUGUGUCAUUUGUUAGCCGAUUUUUUAGAAUCGAUUAAAAAAGAUUAUGAAAAAGCUGGCAAAGUUUAUAGAACGAACUGCGAUGAUUAUAAAUAUGGUAAAAGUUGUUUAAAAUAUGGAACUUACAGUUUAUUAGGAAAAGGUUCGAAAACAUCAGAUUACAAAUUGGCUUACGAUUAUUUCGAAAAAGGAUGUCAUUUAGAAGAACCCGAUUCUUGUUUGAACCAAGGAUUGCUGCUAAUAACAAAAAAUGAUAAACCUGAGUUGAAACAAGAUGUUAUUAAAGGUAUGCAGCUAUUAGAAAAAGCAUGCCAGCACCAAAAUGGAAAUGCAUGUUACUAUUUAUCAGGAAUGUACAUUGUUGGUGUAAAGAAGGAUAAUCUCCCAGGUAGUCUUUUCCAAAAAGAUUACAACCCAGAAGAGUACCUGGUUCAAAAAAAUAUGAAAAGAGCCUUUGAAUUUGCAUUGAAGGGAUGCGAUAUGGGAAAUAUGUAUAGUUGUGCAAAUUUAUCCCAGAUGUAUGCAAAAGGCGAUGGUGUUGAGAAAAAUGAAAAGUUGGCGGAAAAAUAUAAAACCAAAGCGAUGGAAAUGCAAAAGGAUGCCCAAAGUAAUAAAACUUUAACCUUCCAAGAAGGUUUAAAUCCAACCUAAAUUCAAUUAGUAGCAGAACUAGUUUAUAUUUCGAAUUUGUAUAUAAAUAAAACAAUAAAUUAUUACUGAACUGGUUUAUUUUUGAAAA